AUCGCGACCAUCACCUUGCCUGCCCCAGAAUACCCUAAAGUGCAGCGUAUCUGGAAAUCAGCUUUUGCUUCCUGAUCCUGUUACAUUUGCCCAAACAACCCUCCUACUGGCGCAGUGCCGAGCGUGCGCUUUGUUUGGGGUAAGGCGGCUAGAGAGCGAGCGACCGAUUGCGCUAGACGGACCAAGACAAAGCGAUGGAUCUUGCAUAUGAUCAUAUCCAGGAGGAGGCUCUCUCUCAAGAAGAGCCUUCGAGAAACGAGGAGAAGAAGUCCGAGUCCACGCUUAAUGCGGACUUUCAAGAGGCAUACAAAGCCAUCUCAUCUAGUCCCUGGGGUGCGAAACUGGGCGGUUUCUUUGGCAGUGUUGUGAAGCAGGGUGAGUCUGUUUACAAAGAAGCACAGCAAGAGCUUUCUGCUGUCGGCGAAGAAGCAUCGAAAGGUUUCACAGACCUUCGAACUUCAAUCAUCAAGCGCACAAGAGCCCUCUCUCAAGCCCCGCCGCCUAGCGAAGCAGCCACAAAAGACCAGGAGGGAGAAUCUAGUGAGAAGCAGGUUUCAACAGAGGAUGCACUGAAGGAAUCCGAGGGUGUGCUCGCUAGACUACGCAUCGAGGCGAGCAAACGAUUGAAGGAGAUUGAGAAGGCCGAAGAUGCGGCGGAUGAGGCGCUGUUGAAGUUUGGGACGAAUAUACGGAACUUCCUUCGGGAUGCCGUCAGCAUCGCACCGCCGUCUGGCGAUUCGGAUAAGCAGGGAAGUACUUUAUUAUUCGAGAGUAAGGACGCCCAUGGCAAACGUGUCAUUCAUACAACGCGAUUCGAUGCUCAGCUCCAUGUCAUACAUUCAUCGCUGGAUAGCUUCACGAAGGAUCCCGAUAGCGAGGAGUACGCGCUAUGGGCUAAGACAUUCAACGUGGAACAAAAGACAGAUGACAUCAGCAAGGACUUGGAGAACUUCGGCGAAUUGAGGUCUUCGAUGGAGAAGCUGGUACCUGACAAUGUCACAUAUGAAGACUUCUGGAAGCGCUACUACUUCCUCAGACACAGCAUCGAAACGGCCGAGGCACGGAGAAGGGACUUGCUUAAAGGUGCGGCGGCAGAAACAGAAGAAGAAAUUGGAUGGGAUGAAGAUUCUGACGAAGAGGCUCCUAACAAGGCCACCAAGCCCAAUGUUGCUUCAGAGCGGCCGUUAUCCACAGCAUCAUCAACCACCCUUCACCCUGCAACACAAGUUCCCGAGCAAACACUUCUCAAACCAGAUGAAUCACGAAAGUCUCAUGAUGAGAAAUCCCAGGCAGACAGUGAUGGAAGUUAUGAUGUUAUUGGUGCCGCAUCCGCUGCUGCAAGCCACGCUCCUGGCAGUCCUAAGGAAUCGCGCAAGGAAGACGAUAGUGAUGAAGAUUGGGAGUAAGGGUUCCUGGUAUGCCCUGGUUAUACGCGUUGCAAUAGCUGUUCUGGGUAAUUCGCUGGUUGUAUGGUGUUCUGGAUGGUAGCCUUAUAUUCUUUUUCAGCUCCUUGAUGACCCUGCAUCUUCUGUAAACAGGAUACAAUGAUUUCGGAUAUUCCAUUAACGCCCUUUGUAACAAGCACCCAUUUUUCCUCGAAAGAAUCAUCUUUUCUUCUUCGUGACCUUCGUGAACCCUUCCUCGUCUACUUCCGGGAUUACCUUCUCCUUCACCCUUACCAACUGCGGCGCCUCAUCCAUGUCCACAUCACCUUGGUCAUCCUCGUC